CACGCUCCCAUACACUCUCAGUUGACCCAUUCCCUGGACCCGUUAUUGCUUGACGCGCAGCCAAUCAACUUUCCUUUAAUCGCCCCGCUUUAACAUUCGCCCGCACAACCUCAAGUCCAAGUCCGAGUCUGCGAAUACCGAUGUCCGGUAAUCUAGCGUUUGGCAAACUCGGCCAAUCCAGCACCACCACCAUGUCGAACUCGUUCGUGAACCAACAAUUCCAACCCGCUCAAGGUCUUCAGCCCGUUAUUCCCUUUGAGCGGCCACCGCAGCAAUCUCGCACUCCGCUCCGAGCGCGCGUCGAGACGCCUAUCCAUCCACCCCAGGUACCUCCAGCCCGCCCUCCCCAGUCGACGCCAACCCGGCAACAACCACGGCCGAUCCCGCAACAAGCCCAGCAGCAGCCCCAAGCCCAGCAACUCCAAAGCCAACAGGACGAACUGGACCAGCAGUUCCGCCAGGCCGAGCAAGCCUACCUGGCAGCGUACAACUCCAAUGCGAGGGCUCCACAGCCUGUGUAUCAUACCAUCGAUCCCACGAAGACCACACUGAGAGCCGAGUCCCCUUACACUCCUAACCCAUGGAGACAACCGGAACCCCCCAAUAGCCUGCGCUUCGUCCAGCCCCAACCUGGCGAGACUUCUCAGCAGCACACGAACGGACAGGGACAUCAACAAGAAGUCGGCGAUGAUCAGGAUGAGUCAUUGCAGGGGGACGACUCGGGUGCGGACGAGGAUGGAGACGAGAACACGAACGAAGCAAACGGCGCCGCCUCCGAUGGCCCCAAGGACAUCGCGCCUCUGGUGCAGGACGUAAAACCCCUCCACUACCCGGCUGUUCGUCCGACCCUCCUUCUCGGCCCCUACGAGACGCGCGAGGAGGCGCAAAAGGCGGCCAUUGAGUACGGCAUCGCUCAGGGGUACAUGCUGAUCCAGACCGGGUGUGCGCGGGCCAAGACGUGCUGGGAGGGCUACGGCCCGGAGCGGCCGCUCGUGCGCAUCGACCUGAUGUGCGACCGCAGCGGCAUCUGCAAAAACAUGGGCACGGGCAAGCGCAAGCGGCCAACGCACAAGAUUGGCUGCCCCACGCGCAUCAAGAUUGUCCGGCGCAAGCGCGACGGCUGCAAGUGGUUCAUCGACCCGCGCUGCGAGCUGCACAACCACGACCUCAACGUCGGCAACAUGGAGUCGCUCGCGAGCUACCGCCGCUACCGCCGCAUCCAGGCCGGCGGGGCGCGAGUCGAGUCGCGCAAGGAGCGGUCCGAGCGCAGGAAGAGGGGCACCUUUGGCGAGCUGCAGCCGGCGCCAGUGCCGCCUCCGACGUUUCAUAAUACCGGCCCGCAGCCGCCGAGCGAGCCGACAGGGCCGGUCCACAUGGCUGCCUACAAGGGGCAGGUCAAGAUCCUUGAGAUUCUGCUCAACAAGGGCGGGGACAUCGAUAUCUAUGACUCGACGGGCAGGACAGCGCUGCAUUGCGCGAUUCUGGGUGGGCGGAUGGAUACCCUCAAGCUGCUGAUUGACAAAGGGGCGAAUGUCUCGCAAUGCGACUCCAAGGGUCUGAGCCCGCUGCGGCUGGCUGUCGAGAAGGGGAUGGAGGACGCGGUGGUGGCGCUGAUUGAGAAGGGGGCGGACCCGAACAAGUGAGCAGUUGGCUACGGGGGAUGAAUCAGUCAUGGGUUGUCUCAGUACAUCUACCUAGACCGGAAGUUAACGCAGUGCUUGGUGUCCAAGCGACUGUCCUACCCGACCACCCCGCCAC